AUGACAGCUGGCGGCGCGCCGCUCCGCUCCGCUCGUGCCCGCGCUCGGCUCGGCUGCUGUGCGCGCUCUCGUCACAGUGAGGAGUGGAGAUGAUGAACGGAGCGGGCUCGUUCGGCGCGGGCCGAGCCGGAGCCGCCUUCGACCCGAUCAGCUUCGCCCGGAGACCGCAGACCGUCCUCCGCGCGCUCGCCUGGAUAUUCUCGAUGGUGGUGUUCGGCGCUAUAAUAAAUGAGGGCUAUGUGAAUAUGGGCAGCGAGCGGCUCCACUGCGUCUAUAAUAAAAACGCAGACGCCUGUAACUACGCCAUCACUAUAGGGGUGACUGCGUUUCUAGCCUGCCUCUUCUUCAUGGCUCUGGACCUCUACUUCCCUCAGAUCAGCAGCGUGAAGGACCGAAAGAGGGCCGUGCUGUUGGAGAUUGGCUUUUCAGGGUUCUGGACGUUCCUCUGGUUUGUGGGAUUCUGCUUCCUGGCCAAUCAGUGGAGUCGCACCUCGCCCAAAGAGCUGCCCUUAGAGCAGGCCACAGAUGCAGCGCGAGCAGCCAUCGCAUUCUCAUUCUUCUCCAUUCUUACCUGGGCGGCCCUGACGGCGUGCGCCGUGCAGAAGUUCCUGCUGGGAACCGACAUGACGCUGUUCACCACCGAGCACGUGGCCAGCCAGGCUCCCAAACAGCCGUAUCCACCAAAUGACGUGACUGGCCAGACCACCAUCCCCGUCAAUAAUGCGUACCAGAGCCCGCCGCUCAUCGAAACCGUGGAAACCCGCCCACCUGGGUACCAGAUCCCGCCAGCUUUUUAAACCACAGCCAAGGAGGAGUAGGAAUGCAGAAGAGGGAGUUAGCUUCUUUAUUUAUUAUUGUAAUUAGGGGUGUAGAUCUUUAUGUAACAAACCAGUCAUGAAAAAAAAAUCACAAAAUCUCAAUUUUUUGAACUUUUUUUAAAAAAAUAGCCUGAAAAGAGCAAGAAAAUAAGUGCAAAACGUCAUUGAAUAGUACUACAUACAAUUAUAAUCACAUCAGUGCAUUUUUACACCCCUAAUUAUGAAGUUUCAUAUUUCAGCAGGGGUGGGAAAGGGGGCUACUACUUAUCCCUCAUGAAUGCAUUGCAAAUGUAAAAACAGCAUAAAGGAAAAAAUGUAGCCUGGCUAUACAGCAAAUGCGAACCUUUUCCGAUGUAUUUGUUUAGUUGCUUUCCAGCUGUUUUAUGAGUUUAUGAGUGAAGAGGGCAAGAAGGAAAAGCAUUGCCAAUCACAAUGUGCUAUUUAUGUGUUUCUUUAUGUACCUCGUUAUUUAUUUAUUUAUUCUGAGAUGCUCUUAACAUGCAUAUUGCCAAAACUCCAAAUGACUUAUUUAGUAUUCAUUUUGAAGAAUGUCAGAUUGUAUACUUAGUGAUGCAUUUGUUACAAUAGUGAUAAAUUGGAGCAUCUUUGUAACAGCUGCAGUGAUUUUUGUCAUCAGAUUGGGGUUGUUAUGAGAAUUUAGCGCUUAAAUAAAGAUCUCGUGGGGCCAGACAUGAUCUCGAGAUUUCACGUCUGGGGACAAGUCCUUCACAAACAAGCAGAUGCCCCCUCUCACGCCUAACGGAGCUAUUUCUCUUUGCUAAUAGUGGAUGUUUACUUUUAUCUCAUGUAGUUUGUUCUCCGCACAUGCAACAAACAUCUAAAUGCCUGCUCAAUCAGAGUGUUCUGGGGGAACGUUUCAGCCAAGCUAACUUAAGCUACAUCCAAGGGCUAAUGGCUCGUUGUUCACGGAUAAUGUUGACGAGUGCAGCAUCGCCCCCUGCUGUCAGCUCGGCCCUCACGGGCGGCUGUGGAAGCCUGUUUCUGCCACUGGAAUAUAGCCAAUUAUUUUAUUUAUUAGUAAGCCAUAAUAAAGAGAAGGUCUACCAUGGUUACGACUUGGUAUGUCAUAGUUCUGACACAGCAUCCCAUAAUUAUGUCUUACUAUCUCACAAUUAUGAUGUUUGAGGUAUGAUGUCAUAAUUAUGACAAGCUGUUUCAUGAGAUCCUGCUUCAUAGUUACGAAUUAGUAUCAUAAUGAUGACUUAGUAUCUCAUAAUUAUGACUUAAUAUCUCACUGAUAACUUACAAUCUGACAAGCUAUUUCAUAACAAUUCUGCUACAUAGUUAUGAAUUAGUAUCAUGAUGACUUAGUAUCUCAAUUAUGACUUAGUAUCUCAUAGUUAUGACAUAAUAUCUCAUAAUGAUGACUUACAAUCUCAUAAUUCCGACUUAGUAUCUCAUAAUUGUGACUUAAUAUCUCAAAAUGAUGAUGUACAGUCUCAAAAAUACAACUUAGUAUCUCAUAAUUAUGACUUGCUGUCCUAUUAUAUGAUCCUGGUUAAUGAUAUUGACUUUAUAUCUCAUAAUAAUGAUUUACUAUGUCUUAGAGUCUCAUAAGACUGAUUUGAAUGACUUUCUCAGUAUUGUGAGACACUAAAUUGCAGAAGCUUUAUUAUUAUCUUAUUGUUAUAGAUAUUAUCUCUUAUUGUCAUGUAUUCUUAUUCUUUUUAUUGGUAUGUUUAUCUAUUAUGAUAUACUAUGUGGCCUUUUUUUCUUGCUAAUGGCGGAAACAGGCUUCCUUGAUAUUCCAACCCAAAUUUAGGCCCAUUUUCUCAGGGUCGUCCCGAGACGCCCUCGUUAUAUCACGACUGGCCCCACGAGACGAAAUUAAGAUGAGAAAAUGUACAGUAGAGUUUAUUAGCCAAUGGAAACAGGACUAAGCUGGAGGGACGGGAGUCUGUGUGGAUCCUUUUGUACUAACAGAGUGUACAGGGAGGCGACUUCACAGCCAGUGACUGCAUGUUUGUAUCCACUGGUCAGAAUCUACAUUCUUAGUGGGAGUCCUAGUGAAAGCAUCUCAACAAUCUGUUUACUGUAAACAGCUGCAUCUGUGUGUGUGCGCGAGACAGAGAGAGUGUGUGUGUGUGCGAGUCAGCACUCGUGUCCUCAGUCUUACUGCAUGAUAAGACAAGUCAGUCGGCUUGUAGAACUUUCCACUUAUACAUGAGAGUCGUAGCGUCAGAGCUGCUGAGAGACGGAGGGAAAUGCUCGGCGCAGAUCCGACGAAAUAAAGAUCCUUUCAGAGACUC